AAAACCGUAAAUUGGCUCCAAAUUUAAAUACAAACAAUAUUUGAAAUAAGAAUAUCUUAUUUAUAUGUCAACAAAAACAAAUCAAACCAAUUCUGUCUUCGAAGAAGACAGAAACUGUGUUGAACAUUUUUUUUGUGGUUUUCUAUCGUCGAUAGAUCUUUCCUUUUCAUAUUAUUGACAUUGAAUAUAACUGGAGUAGGCGAUAUAUAUAAAAACCAUGGCCGAUGAACCGCCCCCAGAGGCUGGCCCGGCGGCUGCAGCUGGAGGAGAUGAUCAUGCUGAGGAUGUGGCCGAAACGAAAGCAAAAAUCGAAGAAGUGGUUAGCAGGAUUCGACCACCGUCAAAGUCAGCUAUGUUUUUGGAUGGCGAGGACGAAAUAGUUGAAGUAGACAGAACUGCACUAGAGGCCAUACUUGAUGCAGGAGCUCGCUUGAAGGAUAUUCAGAAAAAAAGUCGUGUGUCGAUGAGCACAUUGGCUCUGGGUCAAGAGUCUUAUAAAGACAAGCAAGCAAAGGCUAAAGAAGCUCGUAAUAAUCGCAUGGGAGGUUUGAAAACUCAGCAUCGAUUCUUAUUAGAGAAUGCUGCAUGUAUUUUAAAUAGAACACCUGAAUACGUACUGGAAGGUGUCUAUGAUGCUGAUAUUCAUAUAGACCUAUUAGACAGUGCUGUAGCAGAAGGGGGACGUAACUGCAUUGCCCUUUGUGAUGGUUUAUUCCCACCUUUGAAAAUGGAAUCUGGGAGAUUCAUACCGAAUCAAAAAGCAAAAAUGGAACGCACGUACAUUUCUGACUGUUCUACUAUAGGUACAGAGGGAGCAGUCGUAGCCAUGUACAGAAUUAAAAACAAACUUAUCGAUACUAAAAAUGUAGCUGAAGAUUAUUAUUUAGUAUUCUUCGAUAUGAAUCAAGAAACGGAGAACGUUGUAUCGGGGAUAUUCAAAACUAUGAAUCGAGUGUAUGUACCGGCGCUGCAGGUCUGUAAAGCGUGGGGUGACAUCAACCCCCCGAACCCUAGAAGCCAAGAUAUCAUCAAGACUUACAUCUCUAAGAUAAUGCUUUUCAUCGAUUAUUUGGAAAAGACAAAGAUAGACUUGGACUGUUGUACUAAGUUCAAAAUUAAUUUGACGCUCUACGAGGACGAGCUGAUUGACGAAGAAAAAAUGAAGCUUGCUAUUACGAAGACUCACGUUCUGGAGGAAAUCUGCACGUACGUCAAGCAAUGGAUGAGACAAAUUACCAUGGUAUUGGUACAAAGUCAGCAACUCCGUCGGGAGCCGUCGCACAUUGGACCCCUGGCAGAGCUGGACCAUUGGAGGCGCCAGCUCACGACCUUCACUUCCAUCAUCGAACACAUAAAGAGCGACCCGUGUUAUAUGUACAUUCAUACGUUGAUUCGCGCUAAGUCUAAGCUCAUUAAGAAAUGGAGACUUUUGGACAAUCAGGUGACUGACUACUACAACGAAGCUUACGAUAAUGUUAAGUAUUUGUACGCUUUGGAAAAGUAUUGUGAGCCGUUAUACAGAUGCGACCCCCUAACAAUGCAACAAUAUAUACCUGGUCUUCUAUAUACAAUACGUAUGAUUUAUGCCACUUCUCGAUACUAUAAUACAACAAAGCAGAUAUCAACUUUGCUAGUAAAAGUGACUAAUCAAAUUCUGAAUAUGUGUAUGGAUUUUUUGACUAAUCAAGGAAAGAAGACAAUUUGGAAUCAGGACAAGUGGAACUUCAUAAAGAAGGCAAAGAUGUGUCUCAGCUUAUAUGCCUUCUAUCGCGAAUGCUAUUCUGAGACGCAAAAAGAAAUGAUGGAGGCGGCAGAUGAGAGGCCGUUCGAUUGCUCGGAAAUGUACAUUUUUGGAAAAUUCGAAACGUUCAAAAGAAGGCUGUUGAAGAUUACUGACCUGUUUCAAACUUACAUAACUUACUAUGUUUUAAAUAAAACUACCUUAGAGGGUAUCGAGGAGUAUGCAGCAAAUUUUAAUAAACUGUUUAAAACCAUAUCCACGAAAACGUAUGAUGCUCUAGAUCAUAGGCGUCCAGAUUUCGAUAAGGACUACAAACAGUAUAAAGACAACGUGGCAAAUCAAGAGUUGUUGUUAGAAAAUUUCAUGAUUAACAGUGUUAACAAAUGUCCUACAACUGAAAUCGCAUUACAUCUCUUGAAAAGAUUUGAAACGCUGAAGCUGGACUGUCUCUAUUUAGAGGACCAAUAUUAUGAUUUGAUCAGCUUGUACACAUCUGAAAUUGAAUCGAUAAGAGAUAGGUAUAACGAAGAAAGAGAAAACCCGGAAUUGCCCAGAAAUAUGCCACCUGUCGCAGGCAGGAUAUUAUGGAUUAGGUUCUAUAAUGAGAAUAUAAAGGCUCCCAUGCAGGAGUUUAUUCAACAUCACGAAGUAAUAACGCAUAUGAAUACUCAACGUUGCAUAAAACUGUUUAAUGUGAUGACCAUCGUAUUCACUGAAUACGAGUUGAUUUACCACAAGGCUUGGGAAGAAAACGUCGGUCAGGUGCGCUUAGGAUUAAUAGCUCCACUCCUGAUUCGCCAUCCUGUGACCAAUUUGUAUAUCGUUAACUUCAGUAUCUACAUACCGGAAUGCAUAAGAGAAGUAGAGUAUAUGUGGCAACUGGGUUUGAGUGUUCCUGACGGUGCUCAAAUAGUAGCAUUUUGCAAGGACAAAAUUCUGGGGAGCUGUGAACGAAUUAAGUAUCUAGUCAACAGAAACAACACAAUUCGAAAGAGUAUGCCAAAACUAUACUUGCCUCUACUUCGAGCCCAGCUCAUAAAAUUGGAGAAGGCGUUUCAACCUGGUCUAUCAACUAUUACCUGGACUUCUUUAGAGAUUCCUGCGUACUGUGACAAGAUCGAAUAUAUUUUGGACGAAGUAGAUUUAUUCGUGAAAGAGGUUGUCGAUAUGAAAGAAGCUCGAAUCGAUGCAAUAUUAGCAUCUAUUACUAAGACCAUGCUUGUAUACUUGCCUGAGCAAGCAGUUGAGCCCACUGUAUUUUAUGAGGAAAAUUUAAUAAGGCGCGAUGAAAUUGCUACGGAGUUGCAACAAAAAUCAUGGAAUGCAGAAAUUGCUGUCAUUGAAUUGGUUAAUAAGUUUUUGGACAGCGUUCCCUCUAAGCAAAUUAGAGACCUGAAAGACAAUUGGUUGGACACAGAAAAGGCUUUGAAACCAGUCACAUCAGCUACCAGAGUAUUUCCGGAAGAUGCAGCAUUUCUGGAGAUCGAGAAUCCUGAUCGUUUCGAAAUAACACCAACUAUAAACGAAUGCAACGAAUUGUUCGCAUACUUCGCUACUAAAUGCGUGGAAGCACUUAUCAAAUGCACUAGACAGAGUUUGGACAUGUUAAGGAGAAGAGCUUCGGUGUCCAGCUUUUUAACGAUGACUAUAGAUCCAGAAGAACAGAAAAAGUUGAAACCAUUGAUGAGGACAAUGAUGCAAUUGAUGAUUCCAAGGAUUCUGAUCAAACCUACAUUGGAAGAAAUUCAAACAUCGUUUUCACAGGUGGUUUUAAACUGUAUAAUGGAUUUGCAUCGAAAUGUUUAUAUGUGGGGUCAACAGGAUCUCAUAAAGCAUGAUAGAAUGAAUGCAAUAACAACCAGUGGUGGUGGCGGUGGUGGCAUGGGUAGUGGUAGUUCUAGAUCAGGCUCGGUGGGGGGAGUCAGAAACUAUUUCCGUAUGGUGUCUGAACAUAAAGAUGUCGUGAGAUCGGUGAUGGCUUUGCAAGGAAUGAUGUACAUGUACAAACCUGAUAUUGAAAAGCUAUUAAAGGCUUAUGGAAGAUUUGCUCCUCUGUGGGCUGAAGACAGAGUGCAGCAAGUACAAGAUUUUGUUGACUCUAAUCCGUUGAAUGUAAUCAUAAGUGAUAUGCUCAAGAAGUACGAGGCGCAGACUGAGGAGGUCCUCAAUCUACCAGAUAGACAUAUCAUUGGUUCCAUUCAAAUCAAUAUGGAUAACAUCAAGUUAGCCUUACAUCUGGAAUCGAUAGAGUGGAAACGAAUCCUUGGAAAAUUAUUGAGUAAUGCAUAUAAAGAACGUGUAUUGAAAAUGAUGCAAUUCAUCAAUGAUCGAAUGAAGACGAUGGGCAAGAAACUUAAGGAUUUGGAUGAUGUCAGAGUAGCCAUGAUUUGCCUUGGUUUAAUUCGUGAAGAAUUUAUUGGAAUGGACAUGGAAUUAGAUUUGAUUGAAGAGAGUUAUGCAACUUUUGCUCAAUUUCAUAUUGAAAUCCCAAAGGAAGAUGCUGACAUGGUGUAUGGUUUAAGAUAUGCAUUCCAAAAUAUGUUAGUUACGUCUCAACAAGUACAACAGAGAAUCGUAGAAAUGCAAGGUCCUCUUCAAAGAGAAUUGACCGAGGGUGUCUCCACAUUCAUGGAGGAUGUUUUGAAAUUUGAUGCCGAUUACGAUGCAUUCGGCCCCAUGACUCCAGGCCUGAGCGCUAGGGAGGCUAGUGACAGAGUAAUCAUGUUUCAGUCAAGGUUUGAUGAUUUGUGGAGAAGAUUUGAAAUGUAUUCCAACGGUGAAACAUUAUUCGGAAUGGAAGUGAAAGACUAUCCAAUUCUUCACCAGAAAAAGAAGGAGUUUAAUCUAUUGAGCAAACUAUACAGUUUAUAUCUAGCUGUCAUGAAUUCAAUCGAUGGAUACUUCGAAACGCCUUGGGUAGAAAUUGACAUCGAACAGAUCAUCGCCCAAUUAGCCGAAUUUGAUUUAAGGUGUCGUAAGUUGCCCAGAGGAAUGAAAGAUUGGCCUGCGUUUAUUGAGUUGAAGAACAAAAUCGACGACUUUAAUGAAACCUGUCCGCUAUUGGAGUUGAUGGCCGACAAGUCGAUGAAGGACCGCCACUGGAGACGACUGGAAAAAUUAAUGAAUUGUAUAUUGGACGUGGAAUCUGACUCUUUCACGCUGGCCAACGUGAUGGAAGCUCCUUUGUUAAAAAAUAAGGAGGAUGUCGAGGAUAUUUGCAUUAGUGCCGUGAAAGAAAAAGAUAUUGAAGCGAAACUGAAGCAGAUCAUCGCUGACUGGGCAGUGAUAGACCUUACUUUUGCACCAUUCAAGAACCGAGGCGAGUUGCUCAUCAAGGCUCAAGAUACGCUUGAUAUUAUUACGCUACUAGAAGACUCGUUGAUGGUUCUCAACUCACUGGCUUCAAACAGGUAUAAUGCUCCUUUCAAAAAGGACAUAUUAUUAUGGAUUAACAAAUUGGUGAGUACAAGUGAAAUUCUGGAGAAGUGGUUACAAGUCCAGAAUUUGUGGAUGUAUCUAGAAGCUGUGUUUGUUGGUGGUGAUAUCGCUAAGCAACUGCCUGCUGAAGCUAAGAGAUUUGGAACUAUCGACAAAACUUAUGUCAAGAUUAUGUAUCGCGCACGUGAUAUUGUCAACUGCGUAGAAACAUGCACAUCAGAUGAUACGUUAAAACAGUUGCUACCUCAUUUAUAUGAACAGUUAGAAGCUUGUCAAAAAUCUCUAACUGGAUACUUGGAAACCAAGCGUCUUAUUUUCCCUCGGUUCUUCUUCGUAUCAGAUCCAGUCUUGCUGGAGAUUUUGGGCCAGGCUUCAGAUCCCCAUUCAAUACAGCCACAUCUACCAAGUAUCUUCGAUGCAAUGUAUACGGUAGAUUUCGAUGACAAGGAGAGAAUAAUAAACAUGAACUCAGAUAAUGGAGAAACUAUACCUCUUGAUAGACCAGUGCAGUGCAUUGGAGGUGUCGAGAUAUGGCUGAACACAUUGCUAGAUACUAUGAAAGACACAGUACGAAAUAUGAUUGCCAAUAUUUCACAAACAUUAUCUGGUGAUCCUGAAUUUGAAUUUUUAUCUGGCUUCUGGAAUUUCCCUGGCCAGGCUGGUCUCCUAGGCAUGCAAAUUCUAUGGACAACUGACGCAGAGUAUGCUUUGAAAAAGGCAAGGGUAGAUCGUUUUAUUAUGAGACUUACUAACCAGAAGAACCUAGAUCUACUAAACGGCCUUAUUGACCAGACAGUAACAGAUUUAACACCAUUAGAUAGAACCAGAGUUGAAACAAUGAUUACAAUCCAUGUACAUCAAAGAGAUAUCUUUGACGACCUGGUGCGUAUGAGAAUUAAGUCCCCAAUUGAUUUCGAAUGGCAAAAGCAGGCCAGAUUCUAUUACUUUGAAGAUACGGAUGAUUGUAUUGUCUCUAUAACUGAUGUCGAUUUCUUGUAUCAGAAUGAAUACCUCGGUAUCACUGAACGUCUUGUGAUCACACCUCUGACGGAUCGUUGCUACAUCACGCUGUCGCAAGCUAUCGGCAUGAGCAUGGGAGGCGCCCCGGCCGGGCCCGCCGGGACCGGCAAGACUGAGACAACUAAGGACAUGGGUCGCACUCUCGGGAAACUAGUUAUUGUGUUCAAUUGCUCUGAUCAAAUGGAUUUCAGAGGUCUCGGACGUAUUUAUAAGGGAUUAGCGCAGUCAGGCACAUGGGGCUGCUUCGACGAGUUCAACCGAAUUGAACUGCCGGUGCUCUCAGUAGCGGCCCAACAGAUCUACAUCUGUCUAACUGCUAGGCGAGAAAAGAGAGAAUUUUUCAUAUUCAGUGAUGGUGACACCGUGAGUCUAAAUCCUGAAUUUGCAUUCAUCAUCACAAUGAACCCUGGUUACGCUGGGCGUCAAGAGUUGCCAGAGAACUUGAAGAUUCAAUUCCGUUCUGUUGCCAUGAUGGUGCCUGACAGACAGAUUAUCAUUCGAGUCAAACUGGCCAGUUGCGGCUUCAAGGAAAAUAUUCUAUUAGCACGUAAAUUCUUCACUCUAUACAAACUUUGCGAGGAACAGUUAUCGAAACAAGUGCAUUAUGACUUUGGACUUCGAAACAUUUUGUCUGUAUUGAGGACUAUGGGUGCCCAGAAGCGAGCGAAUCCCGAUAGCACAGAAGAGAAUAUUAUGAUGAGAGUGUUGAAGGAAAUGAAUGUGUCGAAACUAGUAGAUGAAGAUGAACCGUUGUUUGUGUCCCUGAUUGAAGAUUUGUUCCCCGGUAUGAAGCUAAGUCAGACUGUGCACAGGGAAAUGCAACGCGCGAUCACACUGUGUACUGAGAGAGCUGGUCUCAUCAACCAUCCAGAUUGGAACUUGAAGAUUAUUCAGUUGUUCGAAACGUCAUUAGUGCGACACGGCCUGAUGACCAUGGGACCUACUGGCUCUGGGAAAACAACUUGUAUCCACACUUUGAUGGCUGCGCUUACGGAAGUGGGCAGGCCACAUAAGGAGAAUAGGAUGAAUCCUAAGGCUAUAACGGCUCCGCAAAUGUUUGGUCGCCUGGACGUUGCCACUAAUGACUGGACGGACGGAAUUUUCUCUACAUUGUGGCGGCGAGCGCUCAAAGUGAAGAAAUCGGAUACGACUUGGAUUGUAUUAGACGGUCCAGUAGACGCUGUGUGGAUUGAGAAUCUGAACUCCGUGCUGGACGACAACAAAACGCUGACGCUUGCUAACGGUGAUCGCAUCACGAUGGCUCAGAACAGCAAGCUUGUGUUUGAGCCUGACAACGUAGACAAUGCAUCACCAGCUACCGUCAGUCGGAUGGGAAUGGUUUUCCUUUCUUCAUCCGUUCUUAAAUGGCAACCUAUUCUAGAGGGUUGGUUAAAGAAACGUGGCACUAAAGAGGCUGACUCCAUUCGUAAUGCUUUCAAUAAAGUUUACGACGAUGUUCACACUUUCGUGCAACAAAGAUUACCAGCCAAGAUGAAGUUGCUUGAGGCUAUUUACGUGAGGCAAGCAAUUGAUGUUAUAACGGGUCUCCUACAAAUAGAAAUCCCUGGUGGAAAAAUGCAUACGGACCGCCAUUUGGAACGUCUGUUCAUAUUCUCGAUGAUGUGGUCGUUGGGGGCUGUGCUAGAAUUGGAUGCGCGUACGCGGAUGGCAGAAUACAUGACCAAGUUACCGGUGAGGAUGGACUGGCCUGGCGCUAAGUCUAAGGAGUGGAUCAUGCCAUUUGAAUACAUGGUCAAUGAGAUGGGAGUAUGGCAACAUUGGUCUGAAAUUGUCGAAGAUUAUAUUUAUCCCACUGACAGUGUACCAGAAUAUGCAUCAAUAUUGGUGCCAAACGUUGAUAAUGUCUGUAUAUCAUUCCUUAUCGAGACUAUUGCUAAACAGAAUAAGGCAGUACUGUUGAUUGGUGAGCAGGGUACAGCCAAGACAGUCAUGUUGAAGAGUUAUAUGAUGAAGUACGACAAUGAAGUCAAAUUGUAUAAGAUGAUCAACUUUUCUUCAGCUACGACUCCAAAUAUGUUCCAGCGCAUUAUCGAAUCCUACGUAGAGAAACGAGUGGGUAUGACGUAUGGCCCGCCAGGUGGUAGGUCCAUGACUGUGUUCGUGGAUGAUAUCAACAUGCCCGUCGUCAAUGCUUGGGGUGAUCAGGUCACCAAUGAAAUAGUACGUCAAAUGAUGGAAUGUGGUGGCUUUUUCUCUUUGGAGAAGCCUGGAGAUUUCACAACAAUCGCCGACAUACAAAUGUUUGGUGCGAUGAUCCAUCCAGGUGGUGGCCGAAAUGAUAUUCCGCCUCGAUUAAAACGACAAUUUAAUAUAUUUAACUGUACUUUACCCAGCAACGUGUCAAUGGACAGGAUUUUUGAAACAAUUAGCGCUGGAUAUUUCUGCAAGUCUCGUUUCGAUAAUAAAAAAAUUGUAGAUUUUAUGCCGAGACUAGUACCAGUUACCAGAAUAAUCUGGCAGCAGACUAAAGUCAAAAUGUUGCCUACACCUGCAAAAUUCCAUUAUGUGUUCAAUCUUCGUGAUUUGUCUCGUAUAUGGGAAGGAAUACUAUUCAUUAAAAAAGAGGAGUUGCAAAGUGUACAAACAGCAUUAAAAUUAUGGUUCCAUGAAUGUUUGAGAGUAAUUUCUGAUAGAUUUACAACAUUCGAUGACAAAGACUGGUUCGUAGCAAACUUUUGGAAAACAGCAUUGGCAGAAUUGCCUGACGUGGCCAGCGAGUUUCCUGAAAGUGAAACGUUCUUCGUCAACUUCCUCAGAGAGCCAGUUGAUCCAACUGGUGAUGAGGAUGAAGAUUUUAGUACGGACGCACCUAAGAUUUAUGAAGAGUUGCCUUCAUGGGAUUUUGUUCUGAUGAAACUUGGACAAUUUCAAGAACAGUUCAAUGAGUUCAUCAGAGGAGCGCAUUUAGAUCUGGUAUUUUUCCACGAUGCAAUGGUUCAUCUGUUCAUCAUAUCUCGUAUUAUAAAUACGCCACGUGGAAAUGCUCUGCUAGUCGGUGUCGGUGGCUCCGGCAAACAAAGUUUGACAAAACUUGCAUCGUAUAUAGCAAACUUUUCUUUCUAUCAAAUCACUCUGACAAGAUCAUAUAACGUCAACAACUUUAUGGAUGACAUUAAAAUUUUGUACAGAAUAGCUGGUUUACAAGGCCAGGGCAUUAGUUUUAUAUUCACUGAUAAUGAUAUCAAAGAUGAACAAUUUCUCGAGUUUCUUAACAACAUUCUGAGUUCAGGAGAAAUUGCUAACUUAUUCCCCAAGGACGAAAUGGAUGAAAUAUUGAAUGAAUUGACGCCAAUAAUGAAGAAAUAUGCACCGAAGAGGAUUCCAGUACCAGAUGUUUUGUACGAGUAUUUUAUUAUAAGAUCAAGAUCUAAUUUGCACGUCGUAUUAUGUUUCUCUCCGGUCGGUGAAAAGUUCCGCAGCAGAGCUCUUAAGUUCCCUGGUCUUAUUUCCGGAUCCACAAUGGAUUGGUUCCAAAAAUGGCCCAGAGUGGCGCUGAUUGAAGUAGCUCACCACUUUUUGUGGGAUUUCCACGUCGUCUGUUCUCCCGAAACUAAAAUUCAGUUAAUAGAAAUAAUGGGCAUGGUACAAGACAAUGUAGCGGAGACGUGCACUAUGUAUUACGACAGGUUUAGAAGACAAACCCAUGUCACCCCAAAAUCAUACUUGUCUUUCUUAGAGGGGUAUAAAGUUCUUUACAAAGAGAAACAUUUGAAUAUUGCUGAAAUGGCUCGAAGGAUGACCACUGGUCUUGACAAGUUGGUAGAAGCCGCAGCUAGUGUCGAUAUUCUGAAAAAGGAAUUGGAGCUGAAGGAGCAAGAAAUUAAUGUAGCAACAGAAAAAGCUGAAGAGGUGUUGGCUGCGGUAGCAGAAUCUGCAGCAGCGGCCGAGAUCGUGAAAGCAGAAGUAUUGGAAGUGAAGGAUCGCGCCGUCAAGUUGGUGGCUGUUAUCGCAGCAGAGACCGCUAUUGCUGAAGAGAAAUUAGCAGCCGCCAAACCAGCUUUAGAUGCCGCGGAGGCUGCCCUAUUGACCAUUAAUGCUGCUGAUAUAGCAACAGUGAGGAAAUUGGGAAAGCCGCCGUAUCUUAUUACUCUUAUUAUGGACGCUGUGAUUUUGUUGUUCAGAAAACGUAUCGAUUCUGUUAAGCCUGACCCAGAGAAACAGUUCCUGACGGCAUCUUGGGCUGAAUCAUUGAAAGUUAUGGCUGAUUCCAGAUUUUUGAAUAACCUUAAGUUCUAUCCCAAAGAUGAGAUAAAUGCUGAAAUGGUCGACUUAUUGAUACCUUACUUUAAUUUCCCUCAAUACACAUUCGAAGCUGCAAAAGUGGCUUGCGGCAACGUGGCCGGACUGAUUUCGUGGACCAUUGCGAUGGCUCAGUUCUACUCAGUCAACAAAGACGUGUUGCCUCUCAAGGCCAAUUUGGCAGUCAUGCAGGGCAAGUACCAGGCUGCCAAGAAGGAGUUGGAGUCAGCAGAAGCAGCUUUACAAGCUAAGGAGGCCGAACUGGCAGAAGUGCAGAAAAUGUUCGAAGAGGCGAUGUCACUGAAACAAGCGGUGUUGGAUGAUGCCGCUAAAUGCCAACAGAAGAUGGACGCCGCCACCGCUUUGAUCAACGGCCUUAGUGGAGAGAGGGUGCGAUGGACCGAACAAUCGGCACUUUUCAAAUCUGAGAUUGAGCGGCUUGUCGGCGACAUACUGUUACUUACAGGAUUUUUAUCGUACUCGGGACCAUUCAAUCAAGAGUUCCGAACGUUAUUGACCACUAGUUGGCUGAAUGAGCUGCUGAGAAGGAAAAUACCAGUUUCGAUGAAUUUGAAUAUCACUGAUCAACUGACUGACACUGCGACGAUUGGUGAAUGGAAUCUGUGUGGAUUACCAACGGACGAUCUGUCAAUCCAAAACGGUAUUAUUGUGACGAAAGCGUCCAGGUUUCCACUACUCAUAGAUCCGCAGACGCAGGGCAAGAUCUGGAUCAAAAACAUGGAGAAAUUCAAUGACCUUAUUGUCACUACGCUCAAUCACAAAUAUUUUAGAAAUCAUAUUGAGGAUUGCGUAUCACUUGGUCGACCAUUGUUAAUUGAAGACGUGGGUGAAGAAUUGGAUCCAGCUCUUGAUAACAUUUUAGAGAGAAACUACAUUAAAAUUGGCUCUUCUUUUAAGGUAAAAUUGGGUGACAAAGAAAUCGACGUAACUGACGGCCAUAAGAUUUACAUAACAACAAAACUACCCAACCCUGCUUACACUCCCGAAAUAUCUGCCAGGACAUCUAUUAUAGACUUUACUGUAACCAUGCAAGGUCUGGAAGACCAGCUACUAGGGAGAGUAAUUUUGACGGAGAAAGCAGAGAUGGAAGCAGAACGAACACAACUGAUAAUGGAUGUGACAGCUAACAGACGAAAGAUGCAAGAACUAGAAGCAAAUCUUCUGCAUAAACUGACCACCAUUCAAGGAUCAUUGGUAGAGGAUGUGUCUUUGAUUCAAGUGCUGAAUAUUACGAAAAGUACAGCUACAGAGGUGAAAGAAAAACUAGACGUGGCCAAGGAAACUGAAAUCAAAAUCAACUUAGCACGAGAAGAGUUCAGACCAGUCGCGACCCGAGGGUCUGUGUUGUAUUUCCUCGUUUGCAACAUGUCGCUUGUGUGUAACAUGUACCAGACUUCCUUGGCCCAGUUCCUGGAAAGAUUCGACAUUUCUAUGGAGAGAUCACCCCAGAGCCCUAUCACUUCAAGGAGAAUUGGCUUUAUUAUUGACUACUUGACUUACGACGUUUUCAAGUUCAUUAGCAGAGGAUUUUAUGAGAAACACAAGUAUUUAUUUACACUGCUGCUAACUUUGAAGAUUGAUUUACAGAAAGAAUACAUUACAUAUGAGGAGUUCCAAAUAUUUAUUAAGGGUGGAGCUGCAUUGGAUCUGAAUGCAUGUCCACCAAAGCCAUAUAAGUGGGUAACUGACAUGACUUGGCUAAAUUUGGUGCAACUGUCAGAAUUGCGACUGUAUAGCAAUAUUCUGAACCAAGUCUCAAAUAACGAAAAAGGUUGGAAAAAUUGGUUCGAUAAAGAGGCUCCGGAGGAUGAGCCUCUGCCAGAUGGAUACCACACUUUAGAUGUCUUCAGAAAACUGUUGGUGGUGCGCGCUUGGUGUCCUGACAGAACAUUAGCUCAAAGUUUAAAAUAUGUUAUUGGCUCAAUGGGUGCAAGAUUCUCAGAGGCUGUCAUUGUGAAUUAUGAGCAUAUGGUUUUGGAGUCUCGACCUCUGGUGCCCCUGAUUGGGUUUUUGGCGAUGGGUUCCGAUCCUACUCCGUCAAUCGAAGUAACGGCUAAGCGACUCGAGUGCCUGUGUUCCUCCAUCUCCAUGGGCCAAGGACAAGAGAUCCAUGCCAGGAAGCUCAUUGACCGAGCAUUGAGAGAGGGUCUUUGGGUUCUGCUCCAAAAUUGCCAUUUGGGCUUGGAGUAUAUGGUGGAGAUCAUGGAGCAGUUCAGUGAACUUGAAAAGGAGCCCGAUAAGGUCCACGAGACCUUUAGGUUGUGGAUUACAACUGAAGUGCAUGAAAAAUUCCCUAUUACUCUGCUGCAGAUGUCUAUCAAGUAUACCUGUGAACCACCUUCAGGUAUUAAAGCAGGAUUGAUGAGGACCUAUGAUUCGAUGAGCCAGGACUUCUUGGAUUACAGUGACAGUCCAUUCUACUUGCCGAUGAUUUACACUAUCUCUUUUUUGCAUACCGUUGUGCAAGAGAGGCGGAAGUUUGGUCCUCUUGGAUGGAACAUUCCAUAUGAAUUCAACUCUGCUGAUUGGUUGGCGUCAUGCAUGUUUGUGCAGAAUCAUUUGGACCAAUUGGAGCCUGGUCAGGGUGUCAGUUGGACCACUGUUCGUUAUAUGGUGUCUGCAGUGCAAUACGGCGGAAGAGUGACGGACGACUACGAUACAAGGCUCUUGGUGACUUUUACUCGUGUAUGGUUAUCCGAUCAGCUGUUUACAGAUGACUUCCAGUUCUAUAAGAGCUAUGGAAUAAUGAAGUUCAAGAAUAUACCAGAGUAUAUUGAGGAGAUUGAGAAGAUGAAAACGGUUGAUCCGCCUCAGGCAUAUGGAUUGCAUACAAAUGCUGAUAUUACAUAUCAACGAAAUAAAACUCAAGACUUGCUAGAUACUAUCUUAUCCAUUCAGCCGAAAGAAUCUGGCGGUGGGGGCGGUGAGACACGUGAAGCGUCAGUGUAUCGACAGUCUAAAGAGAUGCUUGAAAAAGUACCUCCAAACUUUGAUCCACACGAAGUUAAAGAAAGACUGAGGCUUUACGGAGCUAUCAACCCUAUGGUAAUUUUCCUUCGCCAAGAAAUCGACCGAAUGCAGAAAGUCAUCGGUCUUGUACGUUCAACUUUAAGAGAUUUGCUUUUAGCUAUUGACGGUACCAUUAUUAUGAAUGAGGCACUUCGUGAUUCAUUGGAUAGUAUAUACGAUGCGAAAGUGCCAGGUAUCUGGUUAAGAAGUUCCUGGUCUUCGUCUACUCUUGGAUUCUGGUUUACUGAAUUCUUGGAGAGGAACAUUCAGUUCUCAACGUGGUGUUUCCAAGCUAGACCCUUUUCAUUCUGGAUGACUGGUUUCUUCAACCCACAAGGUUUUCUAACGGCGAUGCGACAAGAGGUGACUCGAGCGCAUAAAGGCUGGGCGUUGGACAUGGUGUCUUUGCAUAAUGAUGUCACCAAAUAUACUUUGGAAGAAAUCAAGGCACCCCCGCCGGAGGGUGUUUUUAUUCAUGGCGUUUUUCUGGAUGGUGCGGGCUGGGAUCGAAGAAAUUUGCGACUUUGCGAGUCUAUUCUGAAGGUUCUGUAUACGGCGUUACCCGUUAUCCAUGUGUAUGCUAUCAACUCCACGGCUCCUAAGGACCCUAAGCUUUAUCAGUGCCCAGUGUACAAGAAACCUUGUCGUACAGGACUGACUUUCAUCACCCCCUUGUGGCUGCCGACCAUCAAGAACCCCGACCACUGGAUCCUGAGAGGCGUGGCCAUUUUGUGUGACAUCAAAUAAAUCUUUACUCAGUAUAUCGAUCAGUUUGAUAAAGUGAUAUUUGUCUUUUGUUCGAUAUUUUAAUAAUCAGGUAAAUAUUUUUAAUUUAUAACGGGCAAUGAUUCAAUUCAUUAACUCGUCUCCCUAGUCGUAAUAUUGUGAUAAUU